GCGCCUGCGCGUUGAGCGCCGCCUCCCGCACGGGGGUUCGGUUGCGGAGCGGAAGCCGGGAGGAGCCGGAGCCGCCGGAGUGAUCAUGGGCAACGUGUUGGCCGCUAGCUCGCCGCCCGCGGGGCCGCCCCCCCCGUCCGGCCCGGGCCUCGUGGCCGCGCCGCCGCCGCUCCCGCCACCGCCUCCGGGCUUCACGCUGCCCCCCAUGGGAGGCCUGAGCGCGGCGUCCGGCGGCCGCGGAGGAGUCCCGGGCGCCCCUGCGAGCGGGGCCCCGAAGCCGGUGGACCAGGCCAGCUGGUGCCUCCCCAACCCCGGCACGUUUGAGGAGUGCCACCGCAAGUGCAAGGAGCUGUUCCCUGUGCAGAUGGAGGGCGUGAAGCUCACAGUGAACAAGGGCCUCAGCAACCACUUCCAGGUCAAUCACACCGUGGCCCUCAGCACCAUCGGAGACUCCAACUACCACUUUGGGGUCACCUACGUGGGGACCAAGCAGCUCAGCCCCACCGAGGCCUUCCCGGUGCUGGUGGGAGACAUGGACAACUGUGGGAGCCUCAACGCCCAGGUGAUCCACCAGGUGGGGCCAGGGCUGCGCUCCAAGAUGGCGGUGCAGACGCAGCAGUCCAAGUUUGUGAACUGGCAGGUGGACGGAGAGUACCGGGGCUCGGACUUCACGGCCGCGGUGACCCUGGGGAACCCCGACGUGCUGGUGGGCUCAGGGAUCCUGGUGGCUCACUACCUGCAGAGCAUCACCCCGUGCCUGGCCCUGGGCGGGGAGCUGGUUUAUCACCGAAGGCCGGGCGAGGAGGGCACCGUCAUGUCCCUGGCAGGGAAGUACACAGCGCCCAACUGGCUGGCGACCUUGACCGUGGGCCAGGCGGGGGCCCACGCCACUUACUACCACAAAGCCAGCGACCAGCUCCAGGUCGGGGUGGAGUUUGAAGCCAGCACCCGGAUGCAGGACACUAGCGUCUCCUUCGGCUACCAACUGGACCUGCCCAAGGCCAACCUCCUCUUCAAAGGCUCCAUGGACAGCAACUGGAUCGUGGGCGCGACCCUGGAGAAGAAGCUGCCCCCCCUGCCCCUGACGCUGGCCCUGGGCGCCUUCCUCAAUCACCGAAAGAACAAGUUCCAGUGCGGCUUCGGCCUCACCAUCGGCUGAGCCCGGCACCCCGCCGGCUGGCCCGGGCCCGCGCUCUGGGCUGGGCAGGAAGGGCCCCGAGGGCUGGAAGGGGAGGCCCCCGGACCGGGGGAGACCUCGGGCUUCGGAGAGGAACUUCAGACUACUGGAAGACCAAUCCCCCUGCCCCCUCUCCCGUUCCUGGAAGGGUGCUAGGCUCUAGGAGACCUAGGUGGGAAGGACUAUGGGGGAGGGUCCUCAGGGUGGGCCUCUCCCUCCCCCCGCGGUGGAGCUGGGCGUCCCUGCCCUGCCUCUGGUGGCCACAGGAGGGGCCCCCAUCAUCCUAGCCCCCCGUUCCGUCCAUUCCCUCGGCCUCUCCCCCCUCCCUCCUAGCCUCUGCUGCCACCCCCUCAGUGUAAAUCAUGUUUAUAAGUUAUGGAAAAAAACAGAACAUUUUACAGAAAAAAAAAACCCACAAAAAUACAUGAGUAAAGUGAGUAAUGGGGAGGAGGUGGCGUCUCUGUACAAGGGGGCGGGUCUCCUCGUUGGCUGGCUGCCCCCCCUUCCCCGUCCCCCCCCCAUGUUUCAGGUG